AUGUUUAUAGAGAGAGAGAGAGAGAGAGAGAGAGAGAGAGAGAAGAGUGAUGUUUCUCACUUUCUUCGGUGUAUUCCAUCUUCUCUCUCUCCUCCCAGAUCUUCCAAUUGCUCUUCCUCUCUUGUUCUUGAUUGUCAAUUUUUAAAAAAAAAAUGUUUCAAAGAACACCAUUGAUUUUCUAGUUUCCAACGAGCUCAAAAGUGAAAUUUCGUGUUUUUUAUCAAAAUUUUGAUCCGAACGAUACUUAAGAGAGCUAAUUUACGUUUUUGUUGAAAUCUGGAUUUUCCCCAAAAAUCUCGUUUUUAUUUUACUUCCUCUUCUGCCAAUUGCACUUAGCAAUCGUCGAGUCUUGUGAUUUUUUUUGUUCCGAUUGUUUUAUUUUAAUUCUAGGGUUUGAUUGGAUCAGAUCAUUGAAUUGGACCCUGACUACUUAGGAUCGUCCCUUUGGAGAUCAAAGACUUGUCGAAAGAGUAUUCGGGAUUGGAAUUAAAAGUGAAUCUGUCGGGAUUUUUUGUUUCCCAUUCUGUCGGAAAGAGGGUUGUCGGCUGGGCUAUAAGGUUUCAUUUUUUAUAGUAUCCGUGAAUUGGCUAAUUGGGUGAUGAUGGUCAAGUGAGUUUUUUAUUGAUAUGGUUGGCUGGAUCGUAGUCUCUGAUCUGGUCGGUAAGGUGAUACUGGAAUAAAGGAUCGAGAAAGUGACUUAGAGUGGUUUAAAAGUUAUUACCACUUUAGGGAACUUGAGAGGGGAAAAAAGGAAGGUGCCAAUGUCUCGUUGCUUCCCAUUUCCACCAACAGGAUAUGAGAAGAAGAUUAGAACCGUGGAGGCAGACUCUUUAAUAAAGGAAAAGCAGAAGAAGAAGAAGCACAAAAAGGAGAAGAGGGAUAAAGAAAAGAGAGAAGGAAAAGAGAAGAAUUAUAAAGAAACAAACAGUAAGGAAGGGAAGGAGAGAAAAGAGAGACAUAGAGAUAGGAAAGACAGAGAAAAGAGCACAACUUCUUCUCAGGAGAACAAGAAAGCUGUUGGUGUUCUGUCCAACACCGUGCAGAAUAAUGGCAAUGAAGAGUCUAAGUUUGUACAGGAGCUGGCGAGAAGGAUUAACGAUGAAGAAGAAGCUAGAGAGAGUCAAAGUGUGGGGAAGUGUAGUUUCCCCUGUGGAGUUACAGAGAACUUCGCCAUGGAGGAAAGGUCUGAAAAUGCUGUUCUUCGUCGAGUAUCCUCUUGGAGAGAUCAGAAAGGAACUGAGAUUAUGAUUCAACCAGUGGAGAAGAAAGAAGACGCAAAAAAGACCGAACUGCAAGAGAAGAGUCACCUCAGGGAGAGUGUGACGAAGGGUGAACCAAAGUUGUUUAAUUGUUAUGCAGAGAAUGGAUCUAGGCUAAACAAGAUACAUAGGCCAGUUGUUGCUUCACCAGUGUCAUCCGUAGAGAACGGAAGCAAGUUGGGAGCAUGUCAAACGCCUCCGAAACCUGUCACCGAGUUGCAAGGAACAGUGUGUAAUCCAAAGGUCAAGGAGCAUAGAGUAAACGGUUUCACUGCGAUUUCUUCUGUGGAAGUUAAAGAAAACGGUGGAGCAUCAGUAAAAAAGCGGCCUCAUUCGGAUUUAAAGUAUUUGGAUGAGAUACUGAAUGUACCAAAAGGGGAGGACUUGCAAGAGGUUGGUGAAGAAGAUGAAGAACAAGAGUGGCUAUUUGGUCAGUCUGGUGUGGAAUUAUUAUCAAAGAAGCCAAAAACAGAUUCUGGUACUUCAUUGGAUGAGGAGACUCUGCAAGUCUGGAACCAGGCUCUUAGAAUAGAAUCUGCUGAUACUAUAGCUCUUCCAUAUGUUGUUCCAUUCUAGUAGAUUAGAGUAGUGUUAUACCUCUACUACCCUCUUUGAAGAAAUUUACGCUCCUCUCAACAAAGCUCAACAGCACUAUGACAUCAGGUCACGGUUAAAAAGUUCUUCAAGAAGGAUAACGAAGUGUUACUACGUGCAUAUGAAUCUCCAAGACCACCACCGGAUGCUAAUGGUAUAUCGUGCUGAAGGUUACGGUUACGCUAAGCACCAUUUCUGACCGAACCAUGAUUGACGUUCUAUAGCUUCUUGUGGGAACUUUUAGAGCAUUACUUCUUGAGGACAACCUAUGAACUGUUUCGUUCUUCUUCGAGACCACGACAUCGGUUUCAGACUGAGCAUUGUGAGGAACAGACUUGGACAGGGUCCCAAGUCAAAGGGCUGUUAUCCUUUUUUUCAAAUGGCGGCAAUGGAUCAGUUAAUGGUCAAGUCAAAGGGCUGUAACCUUUAUUGUUUCUUCCUGCAAUACAGUAGAAUAAAUUUCACUGAUAUUUUCAGUGGAACACUUGCACGUAACCUGGUCUAAGAUUUGAAUAUAUGUUUGAGGAUAUGUUUUAAUAAGAUGUUUGUAUAUAUC